GAUCUUUCUCCCUUAUCCUUCUAAUUUACUCAACCCACAAUCCAAAAUGGAGCAUGACUUCUAUUCUGAUUUCUGAUUACGAUCUAAUUCAGCUUUCAGUUGAAAUUCUAACUUCAACAAAUUACUUCUAUAAUGUUAUCUUCUUCACGGUUUUCAAUGUAUCAUACACGUAAAUUAUUGUUUUCUUUAUCUUGCCCGUAUUAAAAUCGUUCUUUUUCUUCCUUACCCUUCUUAAUUUCUUCCAACAUCUGAUUUUUCCUUGUUUUCCCUCUUGAUUUCCUGUAAAAUCUCAGCUUUUUUUGAUUUCUGGGAUCAUUCUUGUUCUUUGACAACACGCAUCUGAUUUGGGUUUUAGUCAAUUUUAGAGGUUAGCAAUUCUCUUUCACCUAAUCUUUUGUAUAAAUUUAUGGGUUAUUUUCUGUUCUGAUUUUGAUUACUUGUAUUUUCUGCUUUGUUUUUAUUAAUUGGGGGUAAAGAAACCCUCUUUUCCUUGUGGAAUAUAUGGUAAUUAGGAGAAAUUUUAAGCUAAUUUUGGUAAUUAGGUGAUUUUAUGAGCUAUUAUUGAAUGUGAAUUGUGAAACCUUUUGUUUUAGUUUGGUGCUUAAUGUUUGAGAAAGAUUGAACCUUUUUCUUGGAUUAAUCGGUGUAUUGAACUUGGGUUUAGGUUUGUUUAAUGUUGCAAUAUCAUAAAUAUUGGAGUGUGUGUUAAUAAUUUUGUAUUUUGCUGGUUUUUAGAUUAUGUUUGUGGUGUAAAACCUAAGUUAUAAGUGGUUUGAUUAAGCCAUGGAUAUAAGUAAUGAAGCAAUUGUUGAUUUGUUCUCCAUUGGACCAAAUUCAAUUGUUGGUCGAACGAUCGCUUUUAAGGUAUUAUUCUGCAGGUCUGUGUCUCAUUUUUGGCAUGAAAUGAUUCAUAUGUUGAUGGGGUUGAUUCGUGGAUUUCGAGGUUAUGUUGGACCGGUUUUUUCAUGGUUUCAUCCUCGGAAUCCUCAAGGGAUAUUGGCAAUGGUAACAAUCAUAGCAUUUGUGCUGAAACGAUAUACGAAUGUGAAAAGGACCGCGGAAAUAGCUUAUAAGAGGAAAUUUUGGCGGAAUAUGAUGAGAACGGCACUUACUUAUGAGGAAUGGGCUCAUGCCGCUAAGAUGUUAGAGAAAGAAAGUCCAAAAAUGAAUGAAGCUGAGUUUUAUGAUGAGGAACUUGUGAGGAAUAAGCUCCAAGAGUUGAGGCAUCGUCGUCAGGAAGGGUCAUUAAGGGAUAUUAUAUUUUGUAUGCGGGCAGAUCUUAUUAGGAAUCUCGGUAAUAUGUGUAACCCAGAGCUCCAUAAGGAAAGGCUUCAAGUUCCGAGACUUAUAAAGGAGUACAUUGAUGAAGUCACCACGCAGUUGAGAAUGGUUUGUGACUCUGACUCCGAAGAACUCCUUUUAGAAGAGAAGCUUGCGUUCAUGCACGAGACGAGGCAUGCCUUUGGUAGAACGGCUUUGCUUUUGAGUGGUGGUGCAUCCCUUGGUUCCUUCCAUGUUGGUGUUGUGAAAACAUUGGUAGAUCAUAAACUUUUACCUCGGAUAAUUGCUGGAUCUAGUGUAGGAUCUAUCAUGUGCUCGGUCGUUGCUACUAGAUCUUGGCCCGAGCUUCAGAGUUUCUUCGAGGAUUCUUGGCAUUCGUUGAAGUUUUUUGACCAAAUUGGCGGGGUUUUUACAAUUGUUAAGAGGGUCAUGACACAGGGUGCCGUUCAUGAAAUUCGGCAGCUGCAAAUGUUGUUGAGGAAUCUUACAAGUAACAUGACUUUUCAGGAGGCUUAUGAUAUGACCGGAAGAAUUCUUGGUAUAACAGUAUGUUCGCCUAGGAAACAUGAGCCUCCUCGUUGCCUAAACUACUUGACAUCGCCUCAUGUUGUUAUAUGGAGUGCCGUGACAGCUUCUUGCGCGUUUCCCGGCCUUUUCGAGGCCCAGGAACUGAUGGCUAAAGAUAGGACCGGUGAACUGGUUCCUUAUCACCCUCCAUUCCAUCUUGGGCCGGAAGAAGGCACAACCCCUGCACGCCGGUGGAGAGAUGGUAGCUUGGAGAGUGAUUUACCUAUGAUGCAUUUGAAGGAACUUUUCAAUGUUAAUCACUUUAUUGUUAGUCAAGCUAACCCUCAUAUUUCUCCUUUGUUGAGGUUGAAAGAAUUUGUGAGAGCAUGUGGAGGCAACUUUGCUGCUAAGCUUGCUCAAUUGGCUGAGAUGGAAGUGAAACACAGAUGCAACCAGAUAUUGGAACUAGGUUUUCCCUUGGGAGGCAUCGCCAAAUUGUUUGCUCAGGCUUGGGAAGGUGAUGUCACCGUGGUGAUGCCUGCCACGCUUGCUCAGUACUCAAAAAUUAUCCAGAACCCGUCAUAUGGAGAACUCCAAAAGGCAGCAAACCAGGGUCGAAGAUGUACAUGGGAGAAACUUUCUGCAAUUAAAGCGAACUGUGCCAUUGAACUUGCUUUGGAUGAGUGUGUUGCGAUUCUCAACCACAUGCGUAGACUGAAGCGGAGUGCUCAACGAGCUGCUGCCGCUUCUCAGUCCCAGUCCCAAACUCUUCCCAACACUUCUGUUAGGUUUAGUGCUUCAAAAAGGAUACCUUCAUGGAACUGUAUCGCACGAGAGAACUCGACUGGAUCACUCGACGAAGAAGUACUCACUGAAGUGGCGUCCUUGCAGCAAGUUUCAACUUCUGCUGUAAGUGGGUCAUCUUCAAACCGUCAUCAUAGAACAUUCCGGACUAAAUAUGAGGGUAGUGACAGCGAGUCGGAAACUAUUGAUCUCAACACAUGGACAAGGUCUGGUGGGCCCCUCAUGAGAACUGCAUCUGCAAAUAUGUUUAUCGACUUUGUUCAGGGUUUGGACAUGGAUGUCGGAACAAAGCAAAGCUUGGCGGAACAUCUCAACUCGGUUGUAAUGCAAACGGUAAGUAGGGAAUCGAGGGGGACAACACCAGAUAGAAACUUCGAGAAUGCAGAGUAUGGAAACCGAGGGAUUAAUGGAUCUAGAAUUACUGUUGCUGAAGGAGAUCUUUUGCAGCCGGAGAGAAUCCAAAAUGGGAUUAUAUUUAAUGUCGUUAAAAAGGAAGAACUCACAGUUUCGGGGCGUAGUAAUGAUUCUGAGAGCUUUACUAGCUUGCCGAGCCCAGCUGCAGAGUGUGUACAUCUUGAAUGUCCUGAAAGAGAAACUGACGCGAGCUCAGAAUCCGAACACAAUGAUGAUGAAAAUACUCAUAUUGUCGAUCCCUCUGCACACUUAGAAGACGAUAGCAGCUCUGAAAUGCCAACACCUCACUCACCCCACAUAUUGAGUCUCGACACAACACUGGAGUCGGACAAUUUGAAAUACCGAUCAUCAUAGCCAGUGUAUCCCGCUCAUAGAAAAUCAGGGUCUAAGUUGGGUUAAAUGACGGCAGAACAUACGCUUAUCAAAGAAGAAAAGGAGGUUGCGGCCCGUGACACUAUAAAAUAGCCCAAAAACAUUUUCGGCUAUAUUAUUGCGUGUACGACACUGACACCAAACUCGUAGACAAGUUUGAGCAACAUAUCAUUGCGGUACAGAAUCGAGAUAGAUACGUUUACACACUUUCAAGUCCCCAUUAGGAUUUAAAACUCAGCUUCGCUCUUACUGUACAGCUGACAGUGAAAAAACCCGCCAUUGGAGGUUCGAGGUUGUUCCUUGGUUCGAAUUACCAUUAGCUACAUUUGGCAACCUGCUGUUUUUAAGGGGUUGCUUUCUGGGUUAGUCUAGGACUUUAAACUGUAAGAUUGUAUUAAGGUUUAUUUAUCUCUGUUUUUUAUAUUAUUAUAAUAUAGUCAAGAAUUUGUUUGAUUCGUUUUAA